AUGUUGUUUCCUCCCAUCCCUGGCAUGAUCAAGUCUGAGUCGAAAGACUUAGCACUAUCACCAGACGAUGAUAAUGAUAAUGAUAGCAGCACAGACUCCCAGGGGUUGUUGCAGACCUCCAGUGAAUCACAGGGGACGUGGUCCACCAAACUCAUGUAUAGACGAGGUGUGGAUGCCACCCGAUUUAGCAGGCAAUCUAAGCAGGAUCUCGUUCUAGAUUUCCAAGGGAAUCUCCGGCGCGACCCAAUCGUCUCCUCCUCUUCCUCUUCUCAUCGCCUUAAGAAGACCUCUGCUAGUACAAAUUCACAAACUUAG